UCUCAGCUUCUCACAUCCUGAGCUCAUUGUGACACCCAGGAACACAUCAUCAUCAUCAUCAUGUCUCCGAUGCCGUCGCUGCUACUCGUGUUCCUGGUCGCCUCGUCGGCGGCUGGUGUUGCGGCCGGCGGCGGCGGCGGGGAGCUGAAGCACAUCCACCUGUACAUGCACGAGACGUUCUCGGGGCCGAACGCCACCGAGGGCGGCGUCGUGGCGUCGCCGUUCAACACGACGUUCGGGCAGGUGGCCGUGUUCGACAACGAGCUCCGCACCGGCGAGGACAGGGCAGCGUCGCCGCUGGUGGGGAGGUACCAGGGAUUCAUCGUCGGCACGGGGCGGAGCUCGCCGGGGUACCUGACGUCGGCCACCGUCGCGUUCACCGCCGGCGAGCUCAACGGGAGCACGCUGUCGCUGGAGGGCCCCUUCUUCGGCUUCGCCGGCACGGCGGAGCGCAGCAUCGUGGGCGGCACCGGCAAGCUGAGGCUGGCGCGAGGGUACUACCUCCUCAAGCUCAUCGGCAAGACCUCGCCGGAGACGGCCGUCUCCGAGAUCGACUUCUUCGUCCUCAUGUACAGCUCCACCCACUAGCUAUGUAUAAGCAAGAAGCGUGUAAACACUAGUGUAACACUGUACCAGCGAGGCACCGUUCUUUUCUGAUACAGAUUCUAUCCUGAUUUAUGUUAGCACGUUUUUUAAAUAGUUAAAUAGUGUAUAGAGAAGUUGCUCUAAAAUAUCAAUCAUUUUUUUAAGUUUAUAGUAAUUACUAAAAUCAGUUAUUCAAGUUCUAA